UCGAUGAUUAACGUCUAAAACAAAAAUCAUCAAUUCUUUCUAAAAAAUACCCAAAAAAAAUAUUUAAUAUGCUCAUGCAGCAUCGGACAGCAAAAUAUGGACACCGAAGCUCGAGAUGGCCAUGGAAAAGGAACGAUGUCGGUGGAAAUACGGGACAGAGCUUCGAUAGGAAUACAAGAGCCACAGGAGAGAAGAUGUAAUAGUUUAGCUCUUGAUCGGCAUCGUAGCGGGAAGGUUAUGGCGGAAACAGACCGGCCAAGGGAUGCAUCAAUGGCACAAGAAUCUCAUGAUCUCAUCCUUCAUCAGCGGUCAUGGAGUGGACGAUAGCGCUAGAAUAGAUUCCGGAUUGGGGAAUGGGCUUCUGAUGGAGAGGGCAGUGUCUUCGGAUCGGGUCGGGUCUGUUAGUGGAUCUUGACCCAUGACCAAACAAAAAAAAUACAAUAAUUCAUUAAUUCCUCUUGUAAAAAAAGUAGGAAUCCACUUUUCAAGAUUCCAGCUCACAGAAUCAAACAGUAUCUCUCCGAAUCACUUUCACGUUGACCGAAUCACUUUCAGUGACAGAGUCAUCACUUUUGUUAGGUACUGAAGGCUUUCUUUGUCUGUGUUCAACGAAAGUUACCUGGGUGAACUAGUUCUAGGGAGAGGGACAGAGACUUACUUUCACAGGGCCGGGCACGCUCAUAUUAGUGGCAAUCCAAGAGGUAUAAGAAUUAGAAUUAGAUAGCAUACGUCGGCCGUGUGCUUAAGCCCUGUCUUUAGUGAUCGGCAGGUGAAUCUGGUAGAAAUUCGAGUGGAUCCGGGUUACUGGGGAUUCCGGCCACAUAGCUUUCCUGAUGGGAGUAUGGGACAGAGUGGACCAAUUCUGGGACUGGGCCGUAACACUCUGUAAAAUAGUUUUUUGAAUAGUUUUUGAAUUUUUUGUUGUUGGUUACUUGUUUAUGAUGAUAACAGAUGCGUGGCCCUUCGCCUCCUUCAUAUGCUGUGAUGUACACUCUUGGUUUUUCUUUGUGGCCCUACUAUAGGGUCUAUGGAGUGCUAGAUUCUUUAUAUAAUAAUCAUCUUGUACGACUGUGUAACUCUUUGAAAUUUGUUGCUAUAAAAUAUACACGUCAUUUAUUUCUUUUUCUUUAUGUUGCUUCUGAUUAUAGACUAUGGAUUCCAAGGAUUUCUGUGCUAUAUCCUUGUGGAUUACCUUAAAUUCUGAAAGCAAUUUGUGUACGGAUUUGGAAAUGUACUUGUUGGAGAGCAAGGCGGGUGCCAUAGUUUGCAUGCUUUUGGCCCUUUUCUUCUUGGGGACAUGGCCUGCUAUCUUGACUUUGUUAGAGAGGCGAGGGCGUCUUCCUCAGCAUACUUAUCUUGAUUACUCGCUCACCAAUUUCCUUGCUGCUCUUUUUAUUGCAUUCACAGUUGGUCAGAUAGGCAAGAGCACACCAAGUGAGCCAAAUUUUUUAGCUCAACUUGCUCAGGAUAAUUGGCCCUCUGUUCUGUUUGCAAUGGGGGGUGGUGUGGUCCUAAGCCUUGGGAAUCUGGCCUCGCAAUAUGCUUUUGCUUUUGUUGGGUUGUCAGUUACUGAAGUCAUCACUGCAAGCAUAACUGUUGUUAUAGGCACAAGCUUGAAUUACUUUUUGGAUGAAAAAAUCAAUAGAGCUGAGAUUCUUUUUCCUGGAGUUGGUUGCUUUCUGAUUGCAGUUUGUCUAGGUUCUGCUGUUCAUUCUUCGAAUACUGCUGAUAAUAAAGUCAAGCUCAGCAAUUUAUCAAGUGAUUAUAACGCUGGAUCAGUGGACUCUCUCACAGAGGGAGUAAAACCAAUGGAUCUUGAAAGCGGCGGUGACGAAAAAAUUAAAGCAGGAACUGCUGUUUUUCUUUUAGAUCUUGAGAAAAGAAGAGCUAUUAAGGUGUUUGGGAAGAACACUUUCAUUGGAUUGGCUAUAACUUUUUUUGCCGGAAUAUGCUUCUCUUUGUUCUCACCAGCAUUCAACUUAGCAACAAAUGAUCAGUGGCAUACACUAAAGGAAGGGGUUCCUCAUUUGACUGUUUAUACUGCCUUCUUCUAUUUCUCAGUCUCAUGUUUUGUUAUUGCGAUUAUUCUCAAUUUCAUCUUCCUUUACCACCCUGUCUUAAACUUGCCCAAGUCAUCGUUGACGGCGUAUUUGAGAGACUGGGAUGGCAGAGGUUGGGCCUUGUUGGCUGGUCUCCUUUGUGGAUUUGGUAAUGGUCUCCAAUUUAUGGGAGGCCAAGCAGCAGGAUAUGCGGCAGCAGAUGCUGUUCAGGUGAAGUAUUUUUCCUUUCAUAAUAGCAAUUAAGUCAAUAACUGAUCGGCUUAAGAAUAUAUUCUAUUCACUAACAGCAAAAUAUAGUUUUUUUUGCUUUCAAGUUUCAACCAAUAGAAAUUCAAAAGUGAAGACUCACGUGCAAUUGUCUAGCUGAAAAUCCUUAGUUGAUUUAACAUGUUUGACUAAAUUAUCAUCGAAUAAUUUUCAACUAUUAACUUUACAUAAAGACAGUGCAUGUGAGUUUCAACCAAAUUCAAGAUAUUGUCAAACCAUAGUUACUUACAUGCUAAUUACCUACUUUUAUCAUUAAAAUUUUUUUCCAACACCAAAAGUUGGUAUCCAAAGAUGGAGAAUUUUUUAAAAAAGGAAGAGAGGUGAUCCAAUUUUUUUGGUUGGCAAAUAAAAUUGUUGUUACGCAAAUCCCUAUAUUUCUCAGAAAACCUUGAGAU